GAGCGGAGCGAGAAAGACAUGGCCCAGCACGAGGUCGAGAUGAAGGACCUUCAGCGGAUCAUCAACCAUGACAACACGCUCAAGCAGUUCCUUGUAUUCAAGGCGCAUGACCGCGCCGAGUUAAAAGAAGAGGAAGAGGCCAAGAAAAACAAAAAUGCGCGAGACAAGGACACGGACGCUGAGCGGGAACAGAUCAAUGUGUACGAGGAAGCUUUUGACCGUAUAAAGGAGGCUACCAACAAGCAUGUCAUCUCCGUUAUUGUCGACGAUUUCAUCGCCCGCGAGGACGAAAACUUCGCUCUCUUUAACUACGUCAACGAGAUGAACGAGGAAGUGGAAGGACUACAAGAGGAAAUCCGAAAAACAGUGGUGGAGAUGGAGAGCUUUGAGACCGAGGAUAUCCGAAUGAUGGAAUCUAGCAAAAGCAUAUUGCUCGACUUACAGUUGAGGUACGCCCGUGUGGUUGCCGAAACGGAUGUUGCGCAGACGAAGAUUGGCGUGACCAAAGGUGUCCUGGACGAGCUACGAAGUGGUGUGACGUCACUGUUUGAUACGAUCCACUGUGACUCGAGCACUAUCACGGCUAUGUUAGGGAGCGAGGAGGCGAUCACAGACAAAAACAUCCUCCACUACAUGGGCAUCAUGGAGCAGCGGACUAUGGAGAUGCUGCAAAUACAACAGUACCUCCACCUCAAGCGAAACCCGCCGAAACCGGAAAAGAAGGACAAGAAGGGUCAGGAAGCUCCGCCAAUAACACAGUUCAUACGUACAGAUAUACCUCCUCCGAUAUCUAUACAGACUCCGGCCUCAGCAGAUGACGAUGACGUGUCAGAUAUAAUUUGUGGCCAAGAUGAAGUGGAUAUUCGACCUUUGACCCACGAGGAACUCCGCGCGAUUGCACAACGGAACAUCACCAAGAGAGCGGUCAACAGGGCGGCCAACAGCAGUGCAAGAACAAGUCAAAUACGUAGGAGCAAAUCGCCUCGCCAACCUUGAUUUUGAUCAUGCCCAUUUUAGGUUACACCACACAUUUAUUUGUUACCUAAAGUGAAUAAAUAAUUAUAAAACG